AUCUCAAAGAUUUCAAGUUCGAUGGCCAGCACGUGAUCGAGGUGGAUGAAGGGAACACAGCCGUGAUUGCCUGCGACCUGCCCGAAAGUCACCCCAAGGCUCAGGUCCGCUAUAGCGUGAAGCAGGAGUGGCUAGAGGCCUCCCGAGACAAUUACCUUAUCAUGCCAUCCGGGAACCUUCAGAUCGUCAAUGCUAGCCAAGAGGAUGAGGGGACUUACAAAUGCGCUGCCUACAACCCUGUGACGCAGGAGGUGAAAACCUCGGUCUCCAGUGAGAGGCUCCGUGUGAGACGCUCCACAGCGGAGGCAGCCCGGAUAAUCUACCCCCCUGAAGCUCAGACCAUCAUUGUCACCAAGGGCCAAAGCCUCAUCCUGGAGUGUGUGGCCAGCGGGAUCCCCCCGCCACGGGUCACCUGGGCCAAAGACGGCUCUAGCGUCUCUGCGUACAACAAGACGCGCUUCCUGCUCAGCAACCUCCUGAUUGACCCCACGAGUGAGGAGGACUCAGGCACCUACAGCUGCACGGCUGACAAUGGGGUUGGGGAGGCCGGAGCUGCAUUCAUCUUCUACAAUGUGCAGGUGUUUGAGCCCCCAGAGGUCACCAUGGAGCUGUCCCAGCAGAUCAUUCCCUGGGGCCAGAGCGCCAAGUUCACCUGUGAGGUGCGAGGGAACCCCCAGCCCUCCGUCAUGUGGCUGCGCAAUGCCGUCCCCCUCUCUGCAAGCCACCGGCUCCGGCUCUCCCGCAGGGCGCUGCGGCUGGUCAGCGUGGGGCCCGAGGAUGACGGCAUAUACCAGUGCAUGGCAGAGAACGAGGUCGGCAGCGCGCAAGCCAUGGUGCAACUGAGGACAGCCCGGCCAGGAGCUACACUCAACCCUGGGCGAGAUGCCCAGCUGGGCUCGGCUCAGCCUCCAACACCGCCUUCCAGGGACAGUGCCUUAAAGCUGCCCCUGGAUAAAGCUGGACUGCCAAAGCCUGGGACGACCCCACUGGCAGCAUCUCCACAGUGUGCAGCCAACAGGGAGCUGGUGUCUCCAGCCGAGGCCCCCAUCAUCCUCAGCUCUCCCCGGACGUCCAAGACAGACAGCUAUGAUCUGGUGUGGAGACCCCGGCCUGACAGCAGAGCCCCCAUCCUCUACUAUGUGGUGAAGCAUCGCAAGGUCACCAACACCUCGGACAGCUGGGCAGUGAGGGACGUCCCAGCUUCACAGCACCGCCUGACCCUCACCAGGCUGGACCCUGGGAGCCUCUACGAGGUGGAGAUGGCCGCUCACAACUGUGCUGGCGAGGGACAGACGGCCAUGGUGACUUUCCGGACUGGCCGGCGCCCAAAACCAGAGAUUGUUGCUAGCAAAGAGCAGCAAAUCCAGAGGGAUGACCCAGGCACGAGCACUCAGAGCAGUAACCAGUCCGACAACAGCCGUCUGUCCCCUCCAGAAGCACCGGACCGUCCAACCAUCUCCAUGGCAUCAGAGACAUCUGUGUACGUGACCUGGAUCCCCCGUGGGAACGGCGGGUUCCCCAUCCAGUCUUUCCGUGUGGAAUAUAAGAAACUGAAGAAGAUGGGAGACUGGGUCCUGGCCACCAGUGACAUUCCUCCCUCCCGCCUCUCUGUGGAAAUCCCAGGCCUGGAGAAAGGCGUGUCCUAUAAAUUCCGUGUUCGGGCACUGAACAUCCUGGGAGAGAGCGAGCCCAGUGCAGCAUCUCGGCCGUACGUGGUAUCUGGGUACAGCAACCGAGUCUACGAGCGCCCUGUGGCCGGGCCAUACAUCACCUUCACAGAUGCCAUCAAUGAGACCACCAUCAUGCUGAAGUGGAUGUAUAUCCCAGCGAGCAACAACAAUACUCCCAUCCACGGUUUUUACAUCUACUACCGCCCCACUGACAGCGACAAUGACAGCGACUACAAGAAGGAUGUGGUGGAAGGGGAUCGGUACUGGCACUCCAUCAGCCACCUGCAGCCAGAGACUUCGUAUGACAUUAAGAUGCAAUGCUUCAACGAGGGUGGUGAAAGCGAGUUCAGCAACGUGAUGAUCUGUGAAACCAAAGCUCGGAAGUCUCUUGGUCUGCCAGGUCGUCUUCCACCCUCAACAGUGCCCCCCCAGCAGCAUCCCCCACUCAGUGGUGGGCACAGUGGCCUGGGGACAGGAGCCAUGGUGGCCCGGUCCAGCGACUUGCCAUACUUGAUUGUAGGCGUUGUGCUGGGCUCUAUCGUACUCCUCAUCGUGGCCUUCAUCCCCUUUUGCCUUUGGAGAGCCUGGUCCAAGCAGAAGCAAACCAUUGACAUGGGCUUCCCAGGAGCUGGGCUGCUGGUAUCAUCCUACCAGUACACCAUGGUGCCUCUGAGGGGCAUCUCUGCUCCUCGUGCCAAUGGACAUGCCUUUGUUAACGGGCAGCCCUAUGCCAACGGGGCACAUCUGAAUGGCAUCUGUCCCUCUGCAGGAGUGGGCUAUGCAAGCACCAAGCCCCGAGAUUACAGUCCAGAUGAAGUGCCACAGUCACACGAGGAGACCAAUGCCUUGCUGCAGGCGAGAGUGCUGCAGAAUGGGAACGCCCAGCAAGACUACCAGCCCUCCAGAUUGCCCAGCUCAAGAACAGAAGACAGCUCUUUCCUCUACAGUCUCCCAGAUGACUCCACUCACCAGCUUCUUCAGCCACAAGAUGACUGUCCUCACCUUCAAGAGCACUUUGUUGGCCUCCAUCAUCCAGUGAUGGGCAGCAAAGUGGGAGGUCCAAGCCUGGAUGCUCGACGGGAUCCCCUGUUCCACCAAGGAAGCCCUUGCUGCCUAGGCCUGGUGCCAGUAGAAGAGGUAGAAAGACUAGAUUGCUGCCAGUCCCGAGGAGAUAUCCAUCCCCAGAAUCCAGUGAUCACGUCUUUGGGUCAGGACCUACCAAGACACCUGAACAGCAGCCCACCGCCACUGAGGCCCUUAGAGACUCAUUCUCCCACCAGCUAGGGACCAAGCUGCCUUUUGCAAAAGACUUAUUC